AAAAGUAAACGGAAAAAAUUUCUUGGUUCUUUACUAACAACAAUGGUUGAUAUUUAUGCAACGUUUUCACUAUUAUAUGCGGUAUUAAUGGUGAUUUUAUCGACUUCAAUGAACUCUACUUUAUUUUACAUUUUGAUUUUCAACUCUAAAAAAUCUCGCAGGCUUCCUCAACUUUUUAUCAGUAGUAUUUCAAUUUUGGACAUACUGCAAACAUCAGCUAGAUUAAUACCCAAAAUUAGCGUAUUGCACAAAGAAUAUCCUUUGGUAAAUAGCUGGGGAUGUGUUGAAGCUGCAGCUGUGGUACAUUUUGUAACUAUUGCAAGGGUUAUUCAUAUGGUUGUGUUAUCUUUUGUCAGAAUUAUAGCGCUUAAAAACUAUGCUUUGUACUUAGAUAACUGUGAAAAAAUAUUGGUAAAAUUCGCGUUAAUAUUUUUUUGUUAUCUAUAUGGAUUUCUAUGGGCCUUUUUACCUGUGAUGGGUUGGUCUAGUUAUGAAGAUGACUUAAAUAAAGAACGAUGUUCACUAGACUGGAAAUUAUUAAAUUCUAAUUCUUUAACUUAUAUUGUUGUGGUGUUAGUAUUUAGCUACGUGUUACCGGGGGCUAUAUUGAUAUGCGUUUUAAAAAGAACACAUGUUACUGUCAUUCAACACAAAGAAAAUAUUUUAAGGAAAAGGUAUUGCAGCUCCCAAUUUCCAGAUAUUUUAGCUAAUAUUUACUUGAAAAUCUUUUCCUGUUUAACAGUAAGCUACUUUGUUACUUGGACUCCUUAUAUCUUUGUAUCUUUUAUAACAAUGUUGGGUGCCAAAAUUCCUCCUGCUUUAUUUAACCUUGCUGCAUGGUUUGAAUCAACUUCUUCGAUAUUAGGAGCAUUUGUCAAUUUUUAUUUCAAUAAACCGCUUAAAGCUCAUUUAUAUCAAAUAAGAUUGUUUGGAUGUUUUAAACGGAAUAAAGUUUCACCAGAACCAAGGGUGAGGAUUAAUCAGCAACUGUAUCUAUAAGUCAUAACUGUAUCUACCAAAAAAAUAGCUAAUGAAGAUUUUUAUAUAUUACGAGUGUACAACUGUGCGAUGUUAGUGAAACAUGAAUACGUACAACUGUGGAUGUUACUCAUAAGUCAAUAGAAUUUUUGCGCAUGUGUAAACAAGAGAUUUAAUUGUUAAACAAUAAAAUAAUUAAACAGUUUACCUAAUAUUUUUAAUAUAAGA